CAGUUCUUUCUUAUGUCGUCUGGGCUUUCCAGCGACUCACUAAUGAGUUGGAAGUAAUUUCAAAGAAAGAAAACACGCUUGACUUCAGUACUGUGGAGGAAAAAAUGUGCUCACUAGUUGAAAUGGAAAUAAUCUAAGACUCUGCUGAGCGACUGCUUGUGGGUUACUUCCCCACUUGGAAUGUUACAACUUCGUGAGUCGCUUUAUCGCCAGAAUUGAAUUCAGAUUGUUUCCAAGUGUUUGGAGUGUUCGAGUUUAUAGUCUUUUGUUUGUGUGAUCUUAUUGAUUCGGAAAAUGGUGGAGUAUUUCAAUGAAACGUUGGAGGAUAGUUUUAUGGACUUUAUCCCUUACAGUCUAGACAUCACUGGAGAAAAUUUGGAAGACCUGUUGGCAUACGAUGACCUCUUUCUUGACUUCUUCAAUUGUUUUCUUUCGCUUCCGGUCUUCCCCCAGGCUCUGUUCUACAACCGUUUAACUGGAGCCUUUGAUGAACUGGAAGAUGUCAGGCCAGAUGUGACUAACUCUUUAACCUCUUUGAGUCCUUCUACACAAUAUGGACCCACUGAUGAGGAAAGGGAAAAAAUGCUAGAGUGGGCUCGUCAGGAGAGAUUACCACUUUUUCUAAGGACACAGCUCUUCAGAGAGUUAAAGCUAGUCAAACUGUUGCUGAAGCCCCUGGACAAUGACAGACAGUCAACCAGCCGUGAAAGUAGCAGAAACAUUAGAGGUUAUAGUCGUGCUAGUGAGAGCUACAUUUCUAGUCUCAGCAUCAGUGGUGAAAAGAGCACUAACAACAACUUAGAUGACCUUGACUUUGCCUGGGAGGAGCCUGAUUACCCAGCCUUGUUUCCCUACCAGAGACCUGGAAGCAGAGCAGUAUCUCUACCAGCCAUGUUUUUUCUAGAAAAUGGUAAAUAUGAUCUGCAUCCAUCACUGACAUCAGCAAAACGAAAAUCCUCCCAGCCAAUAUCCUUGAAGCCUAGGAGCUCAAUCACCACAAGGUCUUCUGAGACAAACUCUGAAUUUCAUUUCAAAUUUCAGCCAAUCACUGGGAGGACAAGUGAAACCUCGGAUGGGCAAGCAGUUUUAAUGAACAGCAACUCUUGGCAAAGAAAUCUGGUCAGGACUGGUGAAGAGGAUUUAUUUAAUGAGAAUUUAAUGAACAGCCAGUUGGCGAGAAUGGGUUCCGAAGUGAAAAGUAAAUCUUCACACAGCAAAGCCCCUGCGUCAUCAACAGAAGAAGCAUUUUUAAGAGGUGCCAGAGCUCUGUCAGCUCCAGUCAAUUUUGAUCACUAUAUACAUAUGUCAGAUGAAAAUAUGCAAUACUUUGAGAAUUUUUUCGGGGAAAUAGAGCCUGAGACUGAUGGCCAUUCCUAUGUUCAGUUUGAUGAAGAAGGAGUGACCGAAGAGCAAACAGAAGUGGACAUGAGAAAUAUGGAGGGCAGACUGAAAAUGUCCAUUCAACAAAUGAAGGAGAGGAUUCUGGGAUCGCAUAGUGCUUUUGAAGAAUUUAGAUCCUUCCUUCAAGGAACCACUGGAGAGCAUUUACUAUCCUUUUGGUUAGAGUGUGAAAAUUUUAAAGAUGUCAUGGAAGACUUUGAUGAUGCUGAGAACAUGAAAACCUUAAACAAUCAUUUUAAAAAUAUACAAGAUAAAUUCAAGCUUAAACUUACCCAAGAUGCACUUGAUCAAAUUAUAAAGGCUGCCACAACCAACAUGAGAGUGAGUCACACUAUUUUUCUUAGGACUCAGUAUGAUGUCCUGAGACGCUUAAGGGCUUAUUGGUUGCCCAGGUUUCUUAUCCACUGUGAGAUGACUGGUGCAGUUAGUUUAAAUGAGGAUGAAACUUUGGACCUAACUGGACAAUCCUAUCAACCAUACAAAUUCAAAUUUGUGGCUCAGGAUCAAAAGCUAUUUAAAUCUCAUGGUGGCCAGUCUCAGACUCCAUUAUUUCCAUCCAUUUCUUGUGUCCAUUCCACCCCUGUCUUGCCUGAAGAUGCCAAAGACUUUGCCAGCAGACAACAUCUAGCAUUAAGUUAUGACACAGGAAGAAUCAGCCAAAGGAGAAUGUUCCCUAAACAAAGAUCUACAGUUUCUGCCAAGUCAAGAAGAUCUGCUUCUUCUCUUAGAAAAAAAAACAUGUACUUCAGAUCCACAAAAGAAAGGUUUGUUAUGGCAUUGUCAGCUGACAGGCUGGCUGGUGGACCUUUUCAACGAUAUCUUUCUAAACUAGAAGAUCAGAGUUUACUGGAUAGCCUGAUGUUCUGGGAAGAUGUCACAGAGUUUGGUUCUACAGAAGACAAGUCAUUUGACAGAUUGCUCCGUUUGUGUCAGGCCUGGAACAUUUUUAACAAAUACCUUUCUGAAGAUAGUCCUCACAGAAUAGAAUUACCAAGAAAAGAGAUUGAAUAUCUACAUCAUUGUUUAGAAAGAGCUAGAGAAUACAUGGAAGCUUCAUUGUUUGAUCAUACAAAGAUUCUGGCUGCCGAAAAAUUGGAGAAAGUCUGGGUCAGAUUUUUAAAAGAAGACUUGAAGACAUUUUUAGACUGUCGAACUAAAGCUGGAGCUGACAGCCCACCCAGUACAGCCGAAGCUAUAGAGAUAACUGUGACUGAAUAUGAUAUUGUCAUUAAGAGACCAAGACCUUGGAUACGAAGAGCUAAAGCAACCAGAACUCCUGGAUCAACAGCCUCAGAGCGAGCCAGAAGGCUAAAUAGAGCACUGCUGAUGGCCGAGGAUGUGGAUGAUGAUAAAAAGGCUAAGAAGAGAGCUGAAGCUAGAGAAAGAAGGAAAGAAAUGGAGAGAGCCAGAAGAAAGGCUAUAAGAGCAGCGUAUGCUAGACAGAAGGCCAGUAAAGAACAAAACUUGACAGAGAGUUCUAUGCAGCUUGCACCUAAUGCCACUGUACUAGAAGCAAGUAAAAUAGAGAAUGUCCCAUCAAUAAAUGAAGUUAUGGAAAACAAACCUGUGAUGAACAUGUUUAAGAAAUAUGUGAGUGAGGAUGACAGAGAAACCAACAACCUGAUGCAACUGUACUACGACCUGGAGACAUACUUCUCUAUAACAAGCAGUAAAUCAAGGAAGGAGACCCAAGCUCUUCACAUUGUCAAACUUUAUCUGGAACCUGAUGCUAAGCGCUAUGUCAAUUUAGACAAUGAACAGCUGACUAGUCAAAUAGCUGAGCAGACUGAGCAUCCAUCGUUUGAAAUAUUGAGAGAUGUCCACAGUUUUAUCAUGCCUAAAGUGGAAGAGAUAUUUAAAGAAUUCAUGUUGAAACAAUCUGAAGAGCUUGGAGUUGAUCCACAAUCUCUGGCCACCAUUUCUCAAGCAGAAUUAACCUUGCGACUAAGCACUGAGCAGGCCAUGAUGGCAUCAUGGGACAAAAAGAAGUUGAAAGGAAAGACUGAGUUGUUAGGGAAACAAUAUCUGGAUAAGAUCAGAGAGCUGGAAUUUGCCUCUGUUAAAGUGAAUGUCAUGGAGGACAGGGCAAGUGCCAGGGCUGCCAAAUCUAAGAAGGCAGCGCAACACAGUGAACUACAGAAACCUCCAAAGGAUCAGGACCUUGAGGACAAACAAGCCGCACGCUCUAAAAAAUCAAACACCAAUCAACAGACAGAGGGACUCACUCCCAGGCAGAUUUAUGAGGCCAGGGUGAGAAGAUAUCAACUGAAAACAAUUUCAGAGAAGGAAGAGCUUGAAAACUAUCAGGGAGGUUUUAUGCCACGAAAGGGUAAUAACAGAUUACUAAGAGAUGAUGAUGUCAGGCUACCACUACAUUCCUAUUCAUCUAUCGGCUCCCAGAGCUCACUAAGUCAGGCCAGCAUGUUGGGCCCCUUGCCCCGUACUGCUCGGCGUGCUGGCAAGAAGAAGGCAACUGGUCGAGCCCAACCCACAAGGGAACACAAAAAUGAACUUCUUACAGCCCUCAACCAGUCAGCUAUGGGCCACCUAUCUAUUCCAAUGUUGUACUUUUAUAAGUACCUGCUGAAACAUGGGCAUGAAGACGAGACACCUCAAAUAGACAAGGAUUUGUUUUUCUAUAUUGAAGUUCAGAAAUUUAAGGAUUGCAGCCACAGUUACUCAGAUGAAGAACUGCUGAGAGGGAAAGUUCAGUCAAUAGUGGAUUGUUUCUUAGAGUCUUGCUACUCUCCAGCCUUACAGAUUGAUAUUCCAAUGGACAUGCACCAGAAAGCAUUAAAAGCUGCCCAGCGCUAUGUGACUGGCAAAGAAAUCACACCAACAUUGUUUGACGAGGCUCAGAUCUACAUCUUUAAGGAUCUUCUGCUGUACUGGGCUGGCUUCAGAAGGGCAACAACUUGUCCCUCUGAUCUGGUGAAAAGGCCUGUUUUGAAAUAUGAAAAGAUGUUGAGGCGUAGAUUAGAAAAUAUUCAAAAUUAUCAGGCUCCAAGUUCUGAGUUCACAUUACCAUCAAUACCUGAGGGAGCAGUUCCUUCAUUUUCUAUUUCUUUAUCGGAAGGCAUUAGAUUUAAGGUUUACACUCCGCCACCACCUCCUAUAGUUCGUGGUCAUACAAACUUAACUCAAGAUGAGAGUGUCACUGGCACCCCACAGCCUGAUGGUCAGCUUAGGGACCACAAAAGCAGCAAGAAUGGAUUACUUUUCACAGAGGGGUCACUUGUACGGUCUCGUAACAGCUCUAGGAAAAGCUCUAUAGCUGCCAGAUAAGCUGCAGAAUGUAUUGCCAGUUAACAGACCCUGCUGACAAGUACCAGAAAGCUUUAUGAAAUUAAUAUUGAAUCUUUAUGUUUUUAGUUAAAGUUUAAAAAAAGAGAAUGGACUGGUUCAUAUUUUACAUUUUGGAUAAAUCUCAAAAUAUGUCUACAGUCAAAUCCAUUUAAUUAGACCAUUGGUGAAUUGGACCAACCACUUAUUCAGACCGACAAUUAAAGUAGCAAAACAAAUCUUAUUAUGCAUUUGAAUCUGGUUAAUCAGAUAAGCCAGUUAUUAGGAAUGGAUUUGUCCUACUAGGAAUUUGUUCCAUGACAAUGUGUUGUAAAGAAAUGUAGUUCCACUAAACAUACUCUCUCUUGUUUUUGCUAAUUUCUGAUGUAUCAAUUUAAACAAGGUUACAAAGACAGUUUGUGUGGAAACACAAACUCAAAAUCAGCCCCCGAAGUGGUCCACCCAGGCAGGUAAAAAGGCAGGUAUCAAUAUUUUCAGAAAGAACAUCAGAAUUAUAUUCUAUCAAAGACAAAUGAUAGAGAAGAAUGGAGAAAGAAGGUUGACAGAUCUUGUGUGGUGCACCAGCGGUCCAGCUGACCAAAGGAUAGGUGAAAGUGAAUGUGAAGUUAAAUGCGAACCUGGCCUAACUGGUGUCUUAUAUUAAUAAUAAGGCUUGUCUUAGAGUCGCAAAACUAGUGAGGGAUGCAGUAUUUCCCGUGGCUGCGCAGCCCCAGCUAUGACCUACAUAUUUUGACACAUUCAGGGCAAGCAUAACCAUUGUCUGCAGGUGGUCGAUUUAGAUUUUCUUUUCGUCGUCUGCAUUUGUCCUCGGCAUCGGAUUUUCUUUUGGUCUCAAAUGUGUAUCCCGCGGUCUUCGUAAGUGACCUCCAGCUGUCUCGUUCUGAGGCCGCAUGCAACCUGGUGCUCUCUUAACUGAUGUCUUAUAAUGAAUAUCUAAUUGAUCUAAUUGUUUUGUAAAGGGUCAAUCUCUUAUUCAAAUCCUCAAAAAGAAAAAAAAACAAAAAAACAAAUUCAUUUAGUUGUGUUCUAUGGCUGUAAUGUAGCACUGCAGUUCACGUGACAUAUGAAAAAACUACUUAUUAAUUGUUGUUUUAAAUUAUGUUCAACUUAUAUGCAUAAUAAAUAGAUUUUUUUCUCUUAAAAAAAGUAACCAUUAUUUUUGGGUAAAUGUAGUAGUUAGUAGGACGGAACUUACAUAACGUAGCAAUACAAGUUAAAAAAAAUAAUAUUUUUUUAACAAAAAGUCAAAAACCAUUCGCAUAAAUGUGUUAAAAUAUAGUAAAUGGCAGCCUCCACUACUAAAGAGCCUCCCGUGUUUGUUAUUAUUAAUAGUAAAUAGUUGUAAAAGUGGUGUAUUUUUAUUUAAAAAAAUUCCUUGCAUAAAUGAUUUAAAAAAUUAGAUUUUUCGCUGUUAGAAAAGAAAAAAGAAGCCGUUGCAUCAGAACUUUGAAUGGACUAAAAUAUUAUAAUGUCGGAUUUUCACUAUCUUUUCUAGUUUACGAGAUCUAAAUGGAAUGGACAGACAUUUCACACAAAACUAAUAGCUUCUAUUCCCCUUUCGGGGGCGCUAAAAAUGUAAAAAAAAAAGUUAAAAGAUAUUUAAAAUAAAAUUGUAAGCUACUAACCAAUCCAAUAAUUCAUUCUCUUUGACUUAUAAUAAAUCUUAACUCUAACAUUCUACAAUGUAUGGGGCUCUCUUUUUUUUUCUUCUGUUUCCUAAAAUGUAUGAAAUACUGAAGUUGUUUAACAUUGUGAAGAGUAUAUUCGUCACUACAUGUCACAAUGUAUAUUCUUGACUAAAGUAUUGAUUGGUAAUGUCGAUGUCAGCACUGUGCUACAAGGUCUCAUGUAUUACAUUAGAUUUGUAUUUAUUGACUGUGAUAAUCAACUCCGUUGUAGCAUUAAAUAUUUUGUUGAACAGUUUUCUUGUAUGUAAAGCUAUUAUCAUGAAACAAUAAACUAUUUGAGCAAUGACA